AUGGGUGCAUAUUUUCGAGUUUCUACAAUUUUUAUUUUCUGUUUGCUUGGAUUUUCAGCCAAUGCUGAGGUAUUCAGCAUUAGUUCCUCUUCAGGUUCUGAUAUUACUCAGGCACUUCUGAAAGCAUUCACAUCGGCAUGCCAAUCUCCCUCUCCGAGCAAAGUAGUGAUCCCAAAAGGAGAGUUCAAGCUCGGUGAAAUCGAGAUGAGGGGUCCAUGCAAAGCUCCUAUCGAGAUCACCAUUCAAGGCACUGUCAAAGCUGACGGUAACGCCAUCCAGGGGAAGGACAAAUGGGUUGUCUUCGGUAACAUUAAUGGGUUUAAGUUGAACGGUGGUGGAGUUUUUGACGGUGAAGGAAACGCAGCUUGGAGAGUCAAUAACUGUCACCAGACAUUCAACUGCAAGAAACUCCCCAUCAGUAUAAGAUUUGAUUUUGUGGAGAACUCUGAGAUCAAAGACAUAUCAUCAAUAGAUGCCAAGAACUUCCACAUCAACAUUCUCGGAGCCAAGAACAUGACCAUGGAUAACAUCAAGAUCACCGCUCCAGAAGACAGUCCCAACACUGACGGUAUCCACAUGGGAAGAAGUGAUGGGAUCAAGAUCCUUAACUCCUUCAUCUCCACAGGAGACGACUGCGUCUCCAUUGGAGAUGGGACGAGUAACGUUCACGUGGAGAAAGUCACAUGCGGUCCAGGACAUGGGAUCAGUGUCGGAAGCCUUGGAAGGUACGGAAAAGAGCAAGAUGUUAGUGGUAUUAGGGUUGUGAACUGUACUCUCCAAGAGACUGACAAUGGACUUAGGAUCAAGACAUGGCCAUCAGCUGCUUGCUCCACCACUGCCUCUGAUAUUCAUUUCGAGGAUAUCAUUGUUAAGAAUGUUUCCAACCCAAUCCUCAUCGACCAGGAGUACUGCCCUUGGAACCAAUGUAACAAGAAGAAAGCAUCAACGAUUAAGCUUGUGAACAUAAGCUUCAAGAAGAUCAGAGGAACAUCAGGGAACAAAGACGCAGUGAAGCUAUUGUGCAGCAAGGGAUAUCCAUGCCAGAACGUCGAGAUUGGAGACAUUGAUAUUAAGUACAGUGGAGCUGAUGGUCCAGCUACUUUCCAGUGCUCAAACGUAAGUCCCAAACUCUUGGGAGCUCAGAGCCCUGCAGCUUGCAGCAGUCCUGUGACCAAGCUACCCCAAUAA